AUGGCGAAGCCAACCGACGACGCUGUCGUCGUCGGUAGUACCGAGAAGCCUGCCCCCAGAUCAUCAGAUGGCAGCCAGGUUUCCGAUGAGCCCGAGCCUAAGCUUCACGCGAAGACUUUCCUGGCUGUUUUUGCAGUGGCUUUGAUCUACUUCGCGCAACUAUUCAGUCUUAUUGGCGCCGGUGCUCAAGGCCAAACCAUCGCGGGUCACUUUGGUGCCACAGAUAAGACGAGUUGGCUCUCGGCAGUUAUCACCAUCAUGACCGUUGUUCUCGGACCCAUUUUCUCACAAGCAGCGGAUUACUGGGGUCGUAAAUGGUUCAUCGUCAUCCCGACUUUCUUCGGCGCGAUUGGCUCUAUUGUCGUCGCCCGCUCAACGAGUAUCGAGAUGUGCAUUGCUGGGUUCUGCAUCAUCGGCGUGGCCUUUGGCGCCCAGCCUCUGCUUCAUACAGUAUCUUCAGAGGUACUGCCUCGCAAGUGGCGCGCGUAUGGACAGGCAUCCGACAUGAUCUCAAAUGGUCUCGGUAGCAUUCUCGGUCUACUGGUGGGCGGUGCCUUCAACAGAACCAACAACCCGGCAUCUGAUGGGUUCCGAUCCUACUUCUACAUGGCUUUGGCUCUAUACGCCGUGUCUGCCAUCCUAUGUAUUGCCGUCUACAAUCCCCCUCCCCGCCCUCUUCAGAAGAGUCUCACUUUGACGGAGAAGCUUGCAAAGUUGGAUUGGGUUGGCUACUUCUUCUUAGCUUCCGGCCUUGUACUGUUUUGCUUGGGUCUGUCGUGGUCCAAGAACCCCUACGAAUGGUCCGAUCCCCACGUCUCUGCGACCUUCGCCGUGGGCGUUGCUCUCGCUCUGAUGAUGGUUGUCUACGAGAUCUGGUUCAAGAAAGACGGCAUGUUCCAUCACGGUCUCUUCACCAAGAACCGCAACUUUUCCAUCGUCAUGUUUUGCGUGUUUGCGGAAGGAGUUGCUUUCUUUGCUGCCAACACCUACUUUGCCUUCCAGGUUAGCGUUCUGUAUGAGACCGAUGCGGUCCUCGUCGGCACCCGCUACGCUCUGAUGUCUAUCGCAUCUAUGAUCGGCUCAGUCCUUUGCGGCUGGUACUGCGCGAGAACUCAUCGCCUGCGCUGGGUGACUGUUGGCGCCUUCAUUAUCUUCGUCGUCUUUUUCGCCUGCAUGGCGACCACGAACCAAGGCUCCAGCAAUCCCGUCUGGUUCUACCCCGUCCUCCUUGGUUUCGCCCUCGGCAUGACCCUGACUACUCUGAUCACCGCCGCUCAGCUUUGCAUCCCGCCCGAGUUAAUCGCCAUCGCCAGUGGUCUCAUCAUCAGCGUUCGAUCCCUUGGUGGCACGAUCGGAAUUGCCAUUUACAAUGUCAUCUUCAACGAUAGCAUGAGUCACAUGCCUGAGAACAUCGCGAAGGCUGUGAUACCCUCCGGAUUUAACCCGGAGAACUUGGGCAUGCUCAUCGGUGGUCUUACCGCUCACGACAACGAGAUUCUCGGCAGUAUUCCAGGCAUCACUCCCACAAUCAUUGAGAAGGCAGCAAACGCUCUGCUCAGCACUUAUGUGUCUUCGUUCCAGAAAGUCUGGAUCGCUGCAGCUUGCUUUGUUGCUCUCGCUGUCAUUGCUGCUGCUUUCCUUUUUGAUCCCAAGAAGGAGUUUAACAACCAUAUUGAUGCACCCCUAGAGAAGGAGGAAGCUAGCGUGUACAGUGUCAGCGCAUGA